AUGGCACAAUGCUUUCCGAAGCAUGGAUUGAAUGGUGAACCUACAAAGACAAAAAUGAAACAUCAACCUUCCCCUCGUGGCUCAUUCACUGGAUCAUUUGUCUGGAGUUAUGCAGACGGCCAUAUUUCUAAAAAUCCCAACCCAGAAAGUGGGAAGCAUACUGUCUAG